AUGUCCCGCCUGCUGCAUGCAGAAGAGUGGGCUGAAGUGAAGGAGUUGGGGGACCACCAUCGCCAUCCCCAGCCACACCACCUUACACAACCGCCGCCGCCGCAGCCACCUGCGACCCUGCAGGCGAGAGAGCACCCCGUCUACCCAGCCGAGCUGUCCCUCCUGGACAGCACCGACCCACGCGCCUGGCUGGCUCCCACUUUGCAGGGCAUCUGCACGGCACGCGCCGCCCAGUAUCUGCUGCACUCUCCCGAGCUGGGUGCCUCCGAGGCGCCCCGGGACGAGGCGGCGCCCCGGGACGAGGCAGACGGUGGUGGGGAGUUGGUAAGGAGGAGCGGCUGCGGCGGCGGCAGCAGCAAAAGCCCGGGGCCGGUGAAAGUGCGGGAACAGCUGUGCAAGCUGAAAGGCGCGGUGGUGGUGGACGAGCUGGGCUGCAGCCGCCAGCGGGCCCCUUCCAGCAAACAGGUGAACGGGGUGCAGAAGCAAAGACGGCUGGCGGCCAACGCCAGGGAGCGGCGCAGGAUGCACGGGCUGAACCACGCCUUCGACCAGCUGCGCAACGUUAUCCCGUCGUUCAACAACGACAAGAAGCUGUCCAAGUACGAGACCCUGCAGAUGGCCCAGAUCUACAUCAACGCCUUGUCCGAAUUGCUGCAAACGCCCAGCGGCGGGGAACAGCCGCCGCCGCCGCCAGCUGCCUGCAAAAGCGACCACCACCACCUUCGCGCCGCCGCCUCCUUCGAAAGCGGGGCGGGCACCGCGACCGCGGCCGGAGCUCAGCCCGCCUCGGGAGGGGGCCCGCGGCCCACCCCGUCCGGGAGCUGCCGGACUCGCUUCUCGGCCCCGGCCUCUGCGGGAGGGUACUCAGUGCCCCUGGACGCUCUGCACUUCUCGGCUUUUGAGGACAGCGCCUUGACAGCGAUGAUGGCGCAAAAGAACUUGUCGCCUUCGCUGCCCGGGGGCAUCCUGCAGCCAGUGCAGGAGGAAAGUAGCAAAACUUCUCCCCGAUCCCACAGAAGCGACGGGGAGUUUUCCCCUCAUUCUCAUUACAGUGACUCGGACGAGGCAAGUUAG